AUGUUUUACAGAGCCACGUUCGUGAAAAACAAGGAUACCUAUUGGACGGGUGUGGAAUCGCCAAAAAUCGUUGUAAAAAGGUCGGUGAGCGUGGAGCCGCUGGACUCGGCUGCCGUUGCUCCCAAAAAGGAACCAGGUCGCAAUCCCAACGUCGGGUUUCCGCCAGGUGUUGGACCCGCUUCCACGCAGUCUAACGCCCAGUCUGAGAAACGUCGUCCAGCAGUUUCCGGACUCUCCGACUUGAAUGAUACAGCCAUCUAUGAUGGUUGUGGGUUGUCGAAAGGGUGCUUCGGGUCACCGGAAGGCUGCACGGAAAAGCGCAAGUGUGAUAAGGUGGUGACCUACUCCACGACCUCGGAUGGCGAAGCAUACCGUUUCGAACUGCAGGGUGGCGUUGCCGAACUUCAGAACGGCGACGCGUACAUUGCUGUUGGCUUCUCCGAUGAUGGUGAUAUGGGAGAUGAUGCAGUUGUGGCGUGCUUCACUCAUGAUGACAUUGUUAAGCCGAUGCGUGCGUAUAAUUUGCCGAACCAGAAAACGAACCGGAUGGCGACUGAGGAACAACAAAGAGGGAUCACAAAUUUUUUUGGUUCUGUACGAGACACUACCAUCUCCUGUUCGUUUGAUCUCGAGCCGGAAUUCACUCUGAGUCACGGAAACUACUCGUCCGUUUACAACUUGGGUGCCAAACGUUACCAUUUGUUACUAGCUACUGGUAAUCAGAAGAGUCCGACUCAAGUUGGCUACCAUACAUCCGGCACGGCGAGAACGAAGGAUACGACAGCCCUUUCAUCCACUUUGAUUCAAGCUGCCGACAGCAUGUUGUUCAUUCGAUUGCACGGAGCUUUCAUGUUUGGAGCCUGGAUCGGCACUGCAUCAAUGGGGAUCCUUUUCGCGCGAUAUUUCAAGACCACGUGGAGCAACUCGAGUUGCAUGAAGAAGGAUCUGUGGUUCAGGUUCCAUCAAACCUUCAUGGUGACCACUUGGAGUUUGACGAUGGCUGCGUUCGUCCUGAUUUUCCUGGAGAUUGGCGGAUGGACAUCCGUGAAAAUCUCAAGGAAUCCGCACGCAGUGCUCGGCUGCGUCACGACUGGGUUGUGCUUCUUGCAACCGAUCGGUGCCCUCUUCCGGCCUCAUCCAGACUCCAAGCGUAGACCGAUCUUCAAUUGGCUUCAUUGGUUUGGUGGAAAUUCGGCUCAAAUAAUUGGAAGUAAGGGAUACUUAUAA